AUCACAACUCUGGCCAUCCCUUUUGAUGUAAGCAUCGGAGUCCACUAUUUUUCGAGAUGGAGACACCACGUUCUACCUUGGGUUGGACAAUCUCCAUCCUGUUCUUGAUGCAUGUCAUUUCGUGGGGAGAGUCUACGAAGCCCAUCCCGGAACAGAUGAAAUAUAUAGGCAUCUCCUACGAUAUCAUCAGGGGAAACCCCGAGGGUGACAAGAACUCCGGAGGGGUCGACCCCGGGCUCAUGACGACCCGACGCGUCCUAAAGCUAACCUACGACGAAGGAAGAUUAUCGAAAGACAACGAGUACCGUAUCCCUGAUCAGGUGGACUACGAGCGUCGAAGCAGCUCCUACACGUCCAAAGAGAAGGACACAUAUUACGGGACGAAAAGUUACGCCAAGAAACUGUCCCAUCAGGUUGCCGUUGACGAAUACAAGUCGGUCCAGAACGAUGAAAGUACCAGUGGCUUUGUGUACUUUUCCGAGCAAACGAUCAACAACUAUGGCAGUAUCCGCUAUAAAAUGGGCCUGGCUAGAGAUGCCGGAUUCGAACCAAGUCGAGAGUUCAUCGCCACUGCCUGCGACCUGCCGGUUAACUAUGAUCGCGAUGCCUACAUGGAAUUCCUCAGCAAUUGGGGGACGCACGCUGUGAUCAAGGCGGACUUAGGAGCUCGUUCUGGUACAACAUAUCGCGAAGAUAAAUCAUCUUUCAUCAAAGACUCGACUACAGAUAUGUCCAAUAGCUUGAGUGUUUCAGGUAGCUACAAGAUAGUAUCAGGAUCGUUGGCACUGGACAUGGACCGGUUUACCCAGGACGGAUCAUCUCAAAAGAAGUUUGGCUCGGUGCAGAAAGAGUAUAGUGUUGGCACUGCGGAACAUAAUGAACCCAUCAGCAUAAAGCUCAUCGGGAUAAACGAAGCUUUGGACGACAAAUUCUGGACCAAACAACAAGAGUAUGAAGCUAGCGGAGAUUGUCCAACCAACUGGCAGAGAGGUACUAUCCAAGCAAAUAUCCUGGAAGCUUUUGGUGACUACCCAGAACACCGUCGUGUCACUCCAAGUGAAGACAUUGAUGUAAGUUUGGAGCUAACGUGGCCAGAUGGAAAGUACGCGCUUCCAGAAGCGGCGACAUUGUCGGGAGAUACCUGCCCCAACACGGAACACUUGACGUGGGACUUCGGCAUGCUAUAUCAGGUAACAACUAACUCGGGGAAUACCUGUUCCAGAGGGAACCAUUUGACCAACUAUUGUACCAAAGACUUCCGGACCUACUACUGCACGAAGAACACUGCCAAAGCAGCACCGAGUUCCUGGCCUUGGAUGCCCGGUGUAUACUGCGUCUUCAAGGUCGGCCAAACCUGUCCAAAUGGGUUCAAUGUUGGUUCUAUCAGAUGGAACGAUGUGAAGAGAGGAAUCGACCCAUUUUAUACUGCAAUGCCCACCGGGACCUACGAGGAAGGGCCCACUGAAAUCAACUACUGCUGCCGUGAGGACGGAAGUGCAUCAAUCCCUAUCAUUCUACCAACUCAGAAGAGUUUCUUUCUCAUGAAAUAUCACAGCGCUUGUCAGGAGGUUCUUGGAAUGACUGUAACAGAAGAGUCUUUGGAGUGGGGUACCAAUGAAGCGAGACCCUCACAGUGGCAGGAUGGAGUACACCCUCGGCCUGGCAAUACAGGUCAUAAUGUCAUGAUCAAGUACUGCUUCUAUCAACCGCAAAAUUAAGAGAGCUGAUAUCUUUCUACAUACCCCAGAACCAACGAUAAUUCGCCCAAAAUGAAUUUUGAGAUUUUCAUUGAGCUAUGAUAUAUAAUUUGCCAAAAUUGAUGAGCACUAACCCUCACAAAUACUGAUUGAAUGGAGAAGAAAUUCCGCAACUGACCGGAAGAGCUUCAG